AUGGCCGCAGAGCAGCACUCAGAGGACUUGCCCUCUGAGGCAACACCCCUCCUAAACAACCCGCCGGUGGAGCUAGAUGGGAAUAAUGUUCCGAUCUCAUUGAGCAGGGGAGUUACUAUCGUGGUGACAAUGGGGCUCCUCCUUUUUAUACAGACUACCAACAUGUCUAUGAUGACAACGGCGCAAUCGGACAUUGCAGCGGAUUUGGAUGCCUUUUCUGAAACGACAUGGUUCAAUUCAGCUUUUCUGAUUGCACUGUCCAGUGUCACCCCGCUUGCGGGUCGGCUUUCCCAGAUCUUUACGCCUCGUGUAUACAUUCUCUUCUCCUGCGCGGUUUCCGCGUUAGGGCUAUUUAUCACCGCUGCAGCUCGAAAUUUAGCCGUUUUCCUUCUAGGACGGGCACUUACUGGAUGCGGCGGCGGCGGCAUAAUGGUCGUAACAGUACUCCUGACCCUUGACCUGACUAGCAAAAAACGGCGGGGACUAUUCCUUGGGCUGAUCAAUGUUGGAAUGACGACUGGUAUCUCUUGCGGUGCAAUUCUGGCCGGGAUGAUAACGCCGGCUUUUGGAUGGCGUGUAAUCUUCUGGUUUCAAGCCCCACUCUCUUUGGCCCUGGGCCUAAUUCAGUAUCUCGCUACCCCCCCUAGUCCAACAGAUGCCCAGCCUCUCUGGGGCCCUCUGGUGCGAAAAUUGGCCCAAGUCGACUAUGGAGGAGCCUUAGCCUUGACUAUAUCCGUCUUUCUGCUGUUAUUUAGUCUCGCCUCGCCAGAAAUUCAGCUCGCACCGUUGCUCUUGUGUUUCGUCACCUUUGCCGGGUUUUUGUUGAUUGAAUCCAAAUACACGUCGGAGCCCAUCAUACCAGUCGAGGUACUCCGAAUGCGAAGUGUAUUAUUGACCUGUCUCUCAGGCCUUGCUUCAAUGAUGGCUCGCUGGGCGGUUCUCUUUUUCACACCUGUGUAUGCCAUGGUCGUCCGGAACUGGUCCCCGGCCUCAGCUGGCCUGAUCCUAGUGCCGACGAACGUCGGGUUCGGUCUCGGAGGGCUCCUGGUGGGCUGGCUACAUAUCCGCCAAGCCGGUAGUUACUAUAUCUCAAAUAUCAUCGCGCUCUCAACUUUCGCAUUGACAAACCUUAUCCUCGUAGUUAUAUCAACACCUUCCUCGCCUACUGUUGCCUACCUCGCCGCAACCUUCUUCAACGGCCUUUCUGUUGGCGCUCUGAUGAACUACAGCUUAUCCCAUUUACUGCACCUGACCAGACCAGACAUACAGUAUAUCGUGAGUGCCCUGAUCACCAUGUCGAGAGGGUUUGCAGGGAGCUUUGGCUCGGCCAUUGGUGGAGGAUUCUUCCAACGCCAGUUGAAGAUCAGCUUAGAGACUGGGUUCGCCGCACAUGGUCUCCCCCAACAGGAUGAGCUUAUCCGCAAACUACUCGGUAGUCCCGCCCUGGUUAAGAGCCUGACCGGUAUUGAAAGAGCCGUUGCAGUCCAGGGCUAUGAGCAAGCCGUUAAGGCGCUUCUACUGGGCGGCUGUGUUUUGGCCCUGGCGGCAACGGCUGCCCAAGCAGGCACGGGUUGGAGACCUUAUCGAGAUGUUGGGAAGGGGCAGGAUGACCUGGAGGAGAGUCUAGAUAGAGAUAGCUAG